GCGUCAUUUUCACUAUUUCAGUCUGUCUCCACCUCAAGCUGCGGCUCAGGGGCCCCAGCUUUAUUCUAACACCCGCUCCUGAGCUCGGAUACAUGGAGACAACCUGAGCGUAAAACUUUCUUUUCUCUUACGCACGAAAGUAUUUUGUCUGGCUUUGUUUUUUUUUUUGUUUUUUUCUUGUUUUGGGUUUUUUUCUGUAAAAAAAACUGAAAACUACUGGAACAUCUGUUGAUUUCCGGCUGACUUUUUGGAUAUCUGCCGCAUGUCAGACUGGGAGAUGGAGAACGGAAAUGGGACAUUGGAAGAUGUCGAUGCAUUAUGGGAGAAGGUGGAGAGCAGGCGCUACGAGCUGUGUCGCAACAUCACUCCGGCGAAGUUGACCCCUUACCUUCGACAAUGCAAGGUCCUGGACGAGCAAGACGAGGACGAGAUUCUCAACUCCCUGCUGCUUCAGGCAAAAGCAAACCGAACAAGUCGUCUUCUCGACAUCCUUCGCACUAAAGGAGAGCGAGGCUAUGGGGCCUUUUUGGAGAGUCUGGAGUUUUAUUACCCCGAGCUUUACAAGUCGGUCACAGGAAAUGAUCCCACAAGACGCUUCUCCACCAUCGUCGUUGAAGAAGGUCAGGAAGGUUUGACCCAGUUCCUCAUGAACGAAUUGAUGAAACUGCAGAAGAAUACCAAGGUCAAGACCCUGCAGAACACAGAGCUCAGCAGAAGGACCCGCACGCUGGAGGACGAGUAUAAGAAGCUACGCUUGGCUAAUCAGGAGCUUCAAGCCUUUCAGCAGAGGUACAACAAGUUAAGAGAGGAGAGGAACAGCUACAGUGAUGAGCUGCUGAGGGUAAAGGAUGAAAACUACAAACUGGCCAUGAGGUACGCCUCGCUCAGCGAGGAGAAGAACAUGGCCGUGAUGAGGAGCCGAGAUCUGCAGCUUGAGAUUGACCAGCUGAAGCACAAACUAAACAAAGUAGAGGAGGAAUGCAGGAUGGAGAGGAGGCAGAGUCUCAAGCUGAAGAAUGACAUUGAGAACCGACCCAAAAGAGAGCAGAUCUUUGAGCUGGAGAGGGAGAAUGAAAUGCUCAAGAUCAAAGUGCAGGAACUUCAGGCCAUCAUACAGUCUGGCCAAUUACCUGCAUCAGAAAAGGUCAUCCUUGACAUUCUGGAGCAUGACAGACAGGAAGCUCUGGAUGACAGACAGGACCUGGUGAACCGCCUCUACAAUCUGCACGAAGAAGUCCGACAGGCUGAGGAACUAAGAGAUAAGUACUUGGAGGAGAAAGAGGACCUUGAGUUGAAGUGCUCUACCCUGCAGAAGGACUGUGAGAUGUACCGCAACCGCAUAGACACCAUCUCUGCACAGCUGGAUGAGGUGGAGAAGGAGAGGGACCAGGCUUUUCGCGCUAGAGAUGAGGCACAGCACCACUUCUCUCAGAGCCUCAUCGACAAAGACAAAUAUCGUAAGCAAAUCCGGGAGCUGGAGGAGAAGAGCGACGAGCUCCAUAUUGAGAUCGUUCGUAAAGAGGCUAAGUUGGUGACGCUGGAGAGUCGCCUGCGGCGGAUGUCCAAGGAUAUUCCUCUGGACCAGAGUUUACCCAGAGACAUGCCGUUACCCUGCAUCUCACAUGCGCCCGAGGAUAAACAAGAUUGGUCUAGCGACGAGUCCCAGUCCCAGUCUGAGAAGCCACGACUCGUACGCAGGCCCAACCUUAAAGAGCGUAUAAAUACACGAGGUAAAUCUCCAGUGCUCAAAGACAUCCAGAUUAACUCAGAUGCCAGCCAACGCCCAGCUCCAGCCACCAUCAGCAAUGGAGAUUUGCUUGAUAUUCAGAUGCCAAACAUCAACGGCAACAACAACUCCGUCCCUCCCUCACCCAUCUUCCCAGUGUCCCCCACUUACCCCUUGCCGUCUGCCUCCCCGCUGUCGCCCUGUCCCUCACCCGUACCGAACAACUGUAGCAAUUUUGAGCAGCAGCGGCAAAAUUUGCUUCAGCGUUUUCGUACCGACAGCAUCCUGUCAAUUGUCCCUGAGCCCCCUGAAAAGGCUUCCCUUUAUCGCAGAGAACGGGAAAAUGAAAAUGACUUCCAGCACCGCAGCCACUUAGACUAUGAUAGUGACAACAUGGACAUGGAGUGUGAAGAUGGCCCCAACUCCGUGAUCUCUUCCUCCUCCUCCCAUCAAUCAGAGGGGAUGGACACAUAUGAUCUGGAGCAGGUCAACAAUAUCUUUAGGAAAUUCUCUUUGGAAAGGCCGUUCCGCCCGUCUUUGUCCUCCUUCUCUAGAAUCAGCGCCACCAUUAAGCCAGUGCAGCAGCUCUCGCUGCAAGGUGACAACCUCCUGAGGGACGUCACGCUGGUGGGCGGCAAUGAGAGCGGGAUUUUCAUCUCAUCGGUUCAGUCUGGGUCUAACGCAGAGAGAGCAGGACUGCGGGAGGGCCACCACCUCUUGCUUCUUGAAGGGUGCAUAAGAGGGGAAAACCAAAGCAUUUCAUUGGAUACCAGUACUCAGGAGGAAGCCCACUGGACGUUGCAGCACUGCUCUGGACCAAUCAAGCUGCACUAUCGGGCCAGUUUGGACUCAUAUCGGCGGCUCCAGAGUAAUCUCUCCGAAGGCAAGUUAGCGUCAGGAGACUCCUUCUAUAUCCGAGUCAACCUCAACAUCUGUGGACAGGCGGACAGCUGCUCCUUGAGCGUCCGCUGUGAUGAAGUGGUUCAUGUUCUGGACACCAGGCACCAGGGCCGCUGCGAGUGGCUGUGCUCGCGGGUGGACCCCUACACCGGCUCGGACCUGGCCGAGCGUGGCACCAUACCCAGCAACUCACGGGCUCAGCAGCUGCUCCUGGUAAAGAUUCAGAAGUUUGUGUGUCGAGGUGGGAAAGAAGAAAAUGAAAGCCAACGCAACAGCAGAGCCAGUUUACAGCCAGAAGAGGCCGGCUCCCCUCCCGAUCCAAAGGCCAGUCCUCGUCUGUCCAGAGCCAGCAUCUUCCUCAGUCAGAUCCUGCAGUUUGUUAGCAGGGUGGAUAUCAAGUACAAGCGACUUAACAGCAAUGAGCGUGUGAGGAUCAUCAACUCUGGAAGCACAACACUAGCAAGGCAGAGCUUUGAGCAGCUCAGACAAGAAGACGCUGCUGACCCAGACAACGACCUGAGCAGAGGUUUGAACCUGAUCCCUUACAGUCCCGUCACCCCUCAGCGGACCCAAAGGAAAAGACCGGUUCUGUUUGCUCCGGCAGCGCUGGCCAAGACCAUCAUUAAUAAAAUCCUCAACAUGGGCGCAGCCAUGGAUUUUAUUAGCUGUAAACCGGAUACGCUGUCUAAGGAGGAGUUUCACCUGAAGCAGAAUGUGGAGCCCUUCAUUCACUACCAGGAGAAGCAUGCCACAUUUGAAUGCAUCACCCGGGAAAACAUUGAAGCUGUCGCAUCCAAAGGUAAACACUGCCUGCUGGAGGCUGAGCUGAGCUGUGUCAAGGACCUUCUACGGAGAGAAAUCUACCCCAUCAUCGUAUAUGUCAAAAUCUGUGACAAGAAUAUCAAGAAGCUAAGGAGGCUGCCUCUGUCUCAUGAUGUAGAGGAAGAUUUUGUGAGGCUGUGUCGGGCGAAGGAGAAGGAGCUGGAGGCCAUCCCUUGCCUGUACACCACCCUGGAGCCCGACUCCUGGACAGGGAUGGAGGACUUGAUCAAGGUCAUCAAGGACAGAAUCCUGGAGGAGCAGAAAAAGACCAUCUGGGUGGAACAGGACCUCUUGUAGGUCUCUUAUAUCCCAGUCAGAACAUCAAGUACACGUGUAACUAAAUGCAGUAACCCACAAAACUUGUAAAUCUCCCGUAGCUCUCGUUAUAUAUUUAUAGGCAGACUUAGAGACCCAAAUGAUUGCAUUAUAUAUUUGUAAAAUUGUAUCUCUGUUUUUAAAAAAUAAACGGAUUC